UCAAGCAGCCAAGGCAUAGAAAAUGGACGACUGAUAGCAUGGUAGCUGAACAAAUCUAGCAAAAAACACGAAAACAACAAUACAUAUCGAAGGCACAUAGAGAAGUGAUCAGAAUGACCUUCUGCACAUCUUGAAAACUUUUGGAAAACCACAGAAGUCAGUAUGGACCCAAUGGAAAGUAAUAGUUCAAUUAACAAUGAAGAUAAUGCAGAAGAACAGCAGAACCAAGUGGAAGGUGCGGCCUCAGACCUUAAACCUACAAUGUCGCAGGUUAGGAAAUCCUGGGGCUUUAGACGGACAACCAUCGCUCGAAGGGAAUUCAUAGAAGAAGUUGGAGACCUAACCUACAGUCCUCCACUUGUUCGAAGAAGCAGAAGUCGACGAACCAACCAGCUACCAGAGACAUCUGCAGAAACCCAGACCACUAAGAAAUCUACUCGAACAGCUAGGAGUGUUUUAGAAGAUCUCCAGUGGUCAGCUCCCUCCUCUCCUGUGUCCGAGGAUAGCAAACCAGCCUCAGAGGCUUCCACGAGUGCAGUCUUUGAUCCCAGCUUAUGGCAGGAUUUUGGAUCUGCCUUCCAUACUGCCUUCUCUCUUCUUGGGGGUGAUGAAUGCCUGCCGAUGACAAUGACAGAUGUACUAGCAGUUCCUGACAUUUUAGAAGCCACUGCGCCACAAACUGUAAACCAAACUGAGAUCCCUGAUACUAUAGAAGACAUGGAGAUCACACAGCCAUCUGCCUUUGAAAAUGUGGCCGACGAGGAGAACAGUGAUGUGGUUUUGAUCUCGAGUCAAGAAGAGGACAACAAUGAAAUGACUCUGUUACACAUUAAGGAACAGCUGGCCUCUAUUAGCAGACAGACAAAUCUAAAGACACAAAGUGGGAAAGGUGGAAGAGGAAAAGCCAGGGGAAGAGGUAGAGGCAGAGGAAGAGGGAGAGGGAAGGGGAAAGGUAGAGGAAGAGGGAGGGGUAGGGCGGUGCUUGAGUCAAAUAUUGCAGAUGAUGACAGCGAUGAUGAGGUGAUGCUUAUUAAUCCAGAAGUGCAGCAGUGUUUACAAGAGGAGGAAAACGAUCCAGACAUCCCUCCUGAAGCAACGGUUUCACCUGCCCACUUUCAUAUUUCUCUGAAUAGCUCUCAGCAGUCUGAUUGUAUAAUCUUAGACAGUGAUUUUAACCAGGGUAUUACAGUAACUCGUGGCCAGUUUGAUGAUGCACCAGUUCAGAUGGAGGGCGUGCAUGAGAGGAACGAGUGUGAAAAUACAGGAGAGUGUCCCACCAUAUCUGCCACUGAAGAAUUAGAGUCCAGUAUAUUUUGCUGCAUCUGCCACCUGACCCAAAAUAAGAGGUUUAUGAUCUGCUGUGUCGACUGCCACGAGUGGUUUCAUGGUGACUGCGUUGGUAUCAGUGAGAGACAGGACUGGAAGAUCGAGAGGAAGGAGCAAGUGUACACCUGUCUGAGCUGUACUUCAAAGAAGCAGAGCCACAUCCAGUUCGAGUCUCUCCUUUUGCCAGACCCAGACCUCAUCUUUCCUGAUUGUUUGUUGUUAAAUCCUCCUGAUUUAGACUUGGUGCAGCCAAAGGAGCAGCAAGUUCUCAAGGAGACUGUACUGGUGGAGGAGGAGCAGGAGGAAAAGCACACUCUGGUGGUGAUACCUGAAGCCACAGCUGAAGUUGAACCUGCAGCUGAAGCUGAACCUUUAGGUGUAGCUGAAUCUAUAACUGAAGCUGAACCUUUAGGUGAAGCUGAAUCUAUAACUCAAGAUGAAUCUUUAGGUGAAGCUGAUCCUCAAGUUGAGAUGGAGACGGACAGCUCUCUUCGUCAGUGCACUGGGCCUGGCUGCUUAAGACAAGCGCUGGCAGAUUCUGUUUAUUGUGGUACUGACUGUAUCCUUCAGCACGCUGCUGCCACUAUGAAGACACUCUCAAGCCCCCGAGUGCCCAAGUCCAAAGGAAGAGCACAGAGGAACCCCGCAACAACCAGAAACUCUGCAAAAGCUCAAAGUUCUGUUCGGACAUCCAAGAGGUUGGCAGAAAAAGCUUCAGAGUGUGCCAGUGAAGAGGAGAUGAGCGAGGAUGAGGGGGAGCAGGAGGUGGCUGCUUCUCUUGUAGCCUGCACCCCCAGUCUCACAGCUGUUCAGUCCACCUCCACACCAUCAUCUAAGUCAAACACCAAGUCCACUGAAGUCCAUGAAAAAACAGAGGCAGACUGUGAGGCCUCAGCUUCUUCUAAACAAAGUCCAGAGGACGCCCCAACAGACGGUUCUCUCUUUUCCCAGCCUAAAACUGAGGAGGCUCCUUUACAGAGCGUCUCUGAAGAUAAGGAACCUGAAAGCAGCGUUGGGCCGAAGCCAGACUUAAAUACUGCAACACCGUCUACAUCUAAACAAUCCAAUCAGCCUCCAGCUUCCAAAUCUCCAAUCACCUCAGCUUCCAGACUUCACGAGACUGGUGCCCUGAUAGUCACAAAGACCACAUACGUUAUCCCAAAGAAACCAUCUGUAUCUCAGCCUCCAUCCAACUCAGCGUCGGGCCAGAAGCUCUCUUCAGUCCCAUCCCUGCUGAACGAAACCCGUAAUCUGCUCGUGCCACCGGCACCCAGUGCCCCCUCCUCCAGACCCUCUCAGCCCAACAACCAGAUCAGACAGAGCAUCCAGCGCUCCCUCACCAGCAUCCUGGUCAAGAGGAUCUGUGAUUGUGAGGACCUGGAGAUGCCUGAGAGUGAAGUCGUAAAGCUUGUAGCUAACAUCGAAAAGGAAAUGUUCGACAUAUUUCGCAACACGGACAGCAAAUACAUGAACAAGUACAGAACAAUAAUGUUCAACCUGAAAGACCCCAAAAAUAAGGGCUUAUUGUACCGGGUCAUACAUGGAGAAAUUGGUCCCUUCAGACUGGUCAGGAUGAGUCAAAAGGACAUGCAGGCUACAAAGGCACCUGAACCUGCUGCUAAAGAAAAAAUACAGUUUAAAGACGAAGCUUCUAAAUUGACACAUCUGAAGAAACCUGAAGCAGUGAAGGUUGACUUGCCAAACCUGAAACCUGUUAGACCUGACAAAAAACCAGAGAUCACGGAACAGAAAAGGGGUGUCUCUGCUCCACCUUUGAAGCUCAGAGCUAACCAAUCGAGCCAGGGCAGCGCGGGACCAGAUAUUCUUUCUUGCAUGCUUAAGGACACAACAUCAGAACACAAAGCUCACCUGUUUGACCUGAAAUGCAAGAUAUGCACAGGCCAAAUUCCUGCUGGAGAAGUUGAAGAACCUGCUAAGAAAAAACUCAAGCUAUCUGUGUCACAAGAUAAGAGUGAAUCAUUUUGGAAGAAGUCUGCAAGAGAUGACUCCCCUCUGAAGGCACCACCUGACUCUCCUCUAAUGGAUUCUCCACCAUCUUCACAAACGGAGUCUUCCUUCCACAUCAUGGACUCUCCAAAACUGACGAUUGUAGAGUCGCCUGCUUCCCCGAUACUGGAAUCUCCAGCCUCUCCUACACUGGAGUCUCCUGCUUCCCCUGUUAUAGAGUCGCCUGUUUCUCCAACUCCAGAAACGCCCACAGCAGUGACACCAAUAAAAGCAUACACACCUGUUGUGAUACCAACUGUCUCCAUGGUAACCAUCACAAGACGUGACCCCCGAACUGCAUCGAGCAGGUUCACUGCUUCAUCUGGUGGCAACUCUAUUUCCAAUACAACAAGUACUAACCAAGCAGCCUCUUAUGCUCCCAUAAAAGAUACUUCUACCUCCCAACCAGCAGCCCCACCGAAACCAUUACCUAAGUCUAUCCUGAUGAAACCGUCUUCCUCUGUUGACCCUAGACUUUAUGGCUCAUCCUCAAGGAUGAUGGUCUCUCACUCCCCAGCAGAUGGCGGUACUGCACAGUUUCUAACCAAACAGGAAAUACUUUGGAAAGGCUUUCUAAACAUGCUCACUGUUGCUAAGUUUAUGACAAAAGGAUAUCUAGUUUCAGGAUCUACAGAAAGUCUUAAAACGGAUCUACCUGAUACCAUAAAAAUUGGAGGAAGGAUCUUGCCUGAAACCGUGUGGGACUAUGUUGAAAAACUAAAGUCCUCCGUUACAAAGGAGUUGUGUGUGAUUCGGUUUCAUCCUGCGACGGAUGAGGAAGAAGUGGCCUAUGUCUCCCUAUUUUCCUAUUUUAAUAGCAGAAGGCGUUUUGGUGUGGUUUCCAACGUCAGCCGUUCCAUCAAAGAUGUAUACCUUGUUCCGCUGAGUGCAAAUGAAUCUAUCCCAUCUAUACUACAACCUCUUGAUGGACCAGGUCUUGAAAAAAACAGACCCAAUCUUCUUUUGGGUCUAGCAAUUGUCCAAAAGGCAAAAUGUGCAGGAAGCUUUCCUCAAGAAGUUGAUGAAAAGAGACCAAAAGUCACUAUGUCCAAAGACCCUAUGUGGAUCCCGAAACCACCUGUCCUCUAUGGUUCUAACAAACUGGAGAUAUUCCAACCCUAUGAUCCAGCGACUCCUGUUCAUUUUUCUCUUCCUGGUUCACCAUCUUGCCCUGGAUCACCAUCGGAUUCAUCCUCUUCCGGUUCAAUUACUGUACCAUCUCUUUUGACUCCCAAAAAGGCAAUUCCUCCUGUCUCAUCCUUUGCUACUACAGAGUCCACUACUAACAGAAACCCAGGCAAGAAUUCUACAUCAGAAUCCAGUAAUAAAAAUCCAUUGCAGACAAUUUUAAAGUCUUUGUUUGGUGGUAAGCAGUCUGACUCUGUAGUCGCCACGGAUGAAAGUCUUCCAAAAACCGCAGUAGGUGCCAAGAAGACUCCAGUCUCUCAAGUGUCUGAAUCAAUGGUGGAUCCAAUUGUCCAACAAUAUGGACAGAAAUCCAAAGUAAAAGAGAUAGAAGAAGAUAAAGAAAAUGACUUUGACAGACCAUAUGACCCUGAAGAAGAAUAUGAUCCUGCAAUGAGUAAUAAAAUGUUUCCCACCCAAACCACUAAAAAAAUCAAAUUUGAAGCCUCUGAAACAUCACAUGUAGAUGAUGUGGCCUAUGAUCCAGAAGAUGAUUCCAUUUUUGAAGAAUUUCAGAGUGAUGUUCCUUUGACAAAGCUUGCUGUUCCAACUCAAAAUUUAGAUUCUCCGUCGUGCCCAGCACCAGUUUCCAGUUCUACUCCAGCACAAAGUUCUAACCCAGUUUCACCAAAACCAAACCUUACAGGCACUAUAGUUGUUUCAGCUGCCACAUUGAGUGAACAGCAGAGGAUGCUCGAGGAGCUAAAUAAGCAAAUUGAAGAGCAAAAGCGGCAGUUGAAAGAGCAAGAAGAAGUACUGCGACAGCAAAGGGAAGCUGUGGGUAUGUUCAUGGCUCAGUUUUCUGUUUCUGAUUCCUUAAUAUCUCCACCAACAAAAGCAUUACCACUCAGCCAGUUGUCAUCUGCGCAGGGUGCUGUAAUUCAAACAGAAUCACAGUCUUCAAAUCAAAUUGACAUGCCUAGCAGCCUUACAGAGACUGAAAACAGUUCAACUGUGAAAUCAGAAUCUGUUAAGCUAGAAGAAACAACUGAUGGCCAAACAUUAAAAAACAAUAAAAAUACAGUUGCAGGGGAAGCUGGAAUACAUAAUAAAGAAUGUGACAAGGAAUCCUCUGCUGGAGAGAUUGAGGACUCUGAUGUAGCUUAUGAUCCUGAAGAUGAGUCACUUUUUGAUGAAAUCCAAGAAGAUGUUUUUAAAGGAGGCAUUGCAGUGACUAGCAAUUCUUUCUCUCAAGGAGUGCAAAGUCCUUACAAAGAUGUUUCUCCAAAUUCACCCCACCCCAAAAAACGAAGGUCAUCGCCAAAACGGCGAAGUCGUCAUGAAAAAGACCAUCGCAGAAGUCCUUCAAGAAGGUCACAGCAGCGUUCUCGUUCACGUUCUAGGAGACGUAGAGACAAGGAUAAAUACAAAAGAAGUGAAAGAGACCGGUCAAGGUACAGAACUAGAGAUUCACCUGAGCGGUCAGGGCACUAUCGCAAAGACCGUACCACACGUCGACAUUCUCGAGGGCGAAGAAGAUCACCAUCACCCCCACAUAAGAAACAUUUUGCAUCCCUUUCACCAAAACAUCACAAAGGACCCGUUUCUCGGGUCAUUGAGAAAACAAAACAUGGAAGCAUUCCAUGGGAUGCUCGUGACUCUGUUUCAGAAAAAUCUGUGACAGUGUCUCCAAUUACAGUCAAAAAGGAUCCAGAUGGACUAAAGUUUGAAAACAAUCUUGUUGAGAACCCUCAUGGACACACACUUGAAUUUGUUCACAAGGUCAAGACUGAGAUUUCAGAAUCUCCAUAUGGUCAAAAAUUUAAAAUGGAAAAAAAAUCAUUCAGUCAUGAUGAUAUCUCAGUAACUGGUAACUCUUCACAGGAAAAGAAAGCCACACCACUGGAGACAUUUUCCCAUGACAAAUAUGAAAGCACAAUUCCACUUAGAGAAAUAGAUCCACCCAUUCGAGAUUCACCUGAGAGCCCUGAUCCAGAUCCACAGUUUGUCAAACCUUCUAACUUAGAAAACAAUGACUCUGCUAAAACUGAGGAAAAUGGAGAUACUGCAGAAGGUAACAGUGCUUCACUGCCAUUAUUUAAAGAGGAAAGUAAUUAUGUGCCUAUUGGUGGCCAAGUUAUUCAGGGUGCAGGACUUGAAACAGAUACACUUGCAAAGCGGGCUUCGGCGAACGGUUGGUGGCUAGCCAGCCGGGAGAGACGCGUGGACCUCGGAGAACGGUUGGCGGAUAGCCAGCUGUGUGUAACGCGAGGACCUCAGCGUGGAUUCUUCAACCUUGGGGAGGACAUUGGACAGAAGCAGACGGACUACGGCACGUACGACCUCCUGGAGAGGGACGUAUUCAGGUGA